AUGAGCUCCACUUUGCCGAAAAGCGAAUCCGCGACGUCCCUGCUGAGGUCCGCCGUGCUGCAGCGCAGAUCCACGCAGUCCGACCACGGGCCACACGGCGACCGAGGCGGGCACCGGAACCAGCGCGGCCAAAAAGGAGCGGACGCCGGUCGGGCGGAGGAGGCGAGCGCGAGGAGACCUCUGUGCCGGCCCGGCCACGCAGAGAACGGCGCGGAGGACGCCAAACGCAACACGCGCUCCAAGUCCGCAAGGGUCAAACAGUCCGCCGGUCACGCCAAGGGGUCGCAGGGUGGGCCCAAGGAGGAGAGGGACGACGCCGACUCCUUCUUCCAGACCAGCAGGAAGCUGGCGAGCGGCUCAGCCUCCAGUCUGAGCUCGGACGCCGCCGCCGCCGGGAGCGCCCCGGUUCAGAACCGGCCAGCCUCCGGCCGCAGGUCCAAGAGGCUCAGCACCGUUUCGGACUAUGAUGCAAGCCUGCACCCCAUUGUCAAGUCCGUCUUUGGACAAGACCGAGAGCUGCGGCCGGAAGAAAUGGAUGAGCUGCGUGAGGCGUUCAAGGAGUUCGACAAGGACAAAGACGGCUUCAUCGGGUGCAAAGACUUGGGCAAUUGCAUGAGGACGAUGGGGUACAUGCCCACAGAGAUGGAGCUGAUCGAACUUAGCCAGCAGAUCAACAUGAAUCUGGGCGGACAUGUUGACUUUGAGGACUUUGUUGAGCUGAUGGGGCCCAAACUUCUAGCUGAGACCGCAGACAUGAUCGGCGUGAAGGAGCUGCGUGAUGCUUUCAAGGAGUUUGACACCAAUGGCGACGGUCAGAUCAGCACAGCAGAACUCAGAGAAGCAAUGAAAAAGCUUUUAGGACAACAGGUGGGUCACAGAGAUCUGGAAGACAUUUUACGCGACAUAGACCUCAACGGAGAUGGACAUGUGGAUUUCGAAGAAUUUGUGCGGAUGAUGUCUCGGUGACUCAAGAGUGGACGGCUGACGUUUUCUGAGAGUGAAAAAUCAUAUCAAGUCCAAUCUGAAACCACAACCCGGAGCACAAUGGCUGACGAAUACCGCCCGUCAACACUGUUGGGUGUACUCUCCUCU